AUGUACAGUCGAGCAAUCAGCCGCGCCGUUUCGCAGACCACGCGCCAAAGCGCGCGCAUGGCGUCGACGACGAAACACUCGUCCGUGAACGGCAAGGGGGCGCUGGAUGGGGCCUACAAGACGUUCAUGAAGAGCACGCCGGUGUACGUGACGACGGUUCUGCUUGCAGCGCUCGUGGGAGAGAGCGUCUAUGGCUCGGUGACCAACUACGUCUGGGAGGCGAGCAACCGUGGCCGGCUGUACCACCACGUGGACUGGUCCAAGUUUGAAGAGGAGGAGGAAGAAGACGAAGAGGAGGAGGAGCAGGAAGAGAAGGGAGAAGAAGCAGCAGAGGAGGAGGAGGAAGAGAAGGGAGAAGCAGAGGGAGACGUUGAGAGUAUCCACGAGUACAACGACGAAGACAAGUAG